CUUGGCUCAGCCCUGCGAGCCCACCGCUUCGUUGCGUCAACUGCCAUGCAUGGAAACAUGCACGUAUGCAUGCAUGCAUGGCUGGGUUCGCUGCCGCGUUGUCUCUGGUCGACGGAAGGAGACUUUUCACUACACCCACCCACCGAUCUCGUUUGUUUCCAUCUUCGCGCGUCUCUGCCUCGCCGCUUCGGCACAUAACCUACCCCACCCCCUACCCCCUAUUUUUCGAGAAUAAGGGAGAAAAGGGGGAGUCGUUCAUCGCGGCUGCGACGGACAGAGUGCCGGCUUGGUGAUUUGAUUUGAUUUGUCGGUUUGUUUUUGUUCGAGCCGCUGCGGCUGCGCGGCACUGACGGGGGCUUGCUUGCUGUGAUUAAUGCCUUACCAGUCCAGUCAGUUUGGGUGUAGUAGCAACCCAUGCAUUCCCAGGUACAUGGCCUUGCCCGCUAGCAGAUGGAGA